AUGUGGGACGAAGAGUGCUUUGUUGUCGGUAAGCACAAAGUUCCGCUACAAAGGAAUGCCGAACCAACGGUACGGGAAUCCCCACUGUCGGUGCCUGCGACCGAAUCACUGGGUUCGGUAGAUUCCCCAUUGCCAAGGGCCACUCAACCGGCGGUUACUGCAGAACCAGCGCUGGGGCCAGUACGCCAGUCACGGACAUCGACAGACAAUCAGGUUGGAACAGGUAGUCCCGCCGCCGGAGUGGGCAGUCCCACUGCCGCCGUUGGACACCACACGACACAAGGCACCAGCUUGCCGCGCAACCGUCGUGGCAGGGCGGUCCGAAGACGGGGAUGUUUGCGACAAGUCAGCGGUGGUGAGACGAAAGACAGUCAGCCAGUUCAAGGCAAGGCGACGUACACAUGCAGGGUCUGCGGUCAGCAGUAUGUCUCCUCGUUUACUCGGAGGAGGCAUGAAAAAGCAGCGCAUGAAGAACGGAGUUACCAGUGCCGGGAAUGCCCUAAGUCCUACGGACGGUCGGACUACUUGACCCGGCACAUGAGGGCCCAACAUCGGGGACCGACGAGUUGCGGAUAG